UUUUGGACCAAAACUUUACAUUUAUACUGGGACACGGCAAAAACAACAUUUAUACUGCCCCAGCCCAAUUUCAUUACUUUUGUACUGCCCAAGCCCAACAUCAUUUCAUUUCUACUGUGAACAGUAAAACACACGGGAAACAACCUUGUUCGUGUGUGGGGAGACGCCGGAGACGGAAAUCACCAAGAAAAAACCAUUAAAUCCGGCGAAGAGUUUUUUGAAAAGGAAUCAGAAUUGAAGAACAAGACGUACAGAAAACUGUCCCAACAAAAUAACAGAGGUAAUGGAACGUCUACCAGUACUCAUCAAGAGCAAUGGACAAUGGAAUGAAGAUCACAAUUAUGUGAACUAUGUGGCUAGUGGAGAAUUCAUACCAACAAAAUGCAAGUAUGAAGAGCUACUGCAAAUACUGGUUACUUCAUUGGGGUGCGAAAACACCAGCACAACACUACAAAUACAGUACCAAGCUAAAGAAGGAAUACCACCGAUCAAAAUAUGCAACGAUCGAAGCCUCUACUUUUACUUGGAAUUGAAAAUGAAGGAAACAGAUUUCACGACAUAUCCACUAUGUGUCAACCAGCAAAACAACAACACAACACCUGCUGCAACACCAAAUUCGAUAUCCACAACAACACCGAAUGAAUAUAAUGUGGCAAUGAUCGAAAACAACACAACAACGCUUGAAAACAACAUAACAACAACAGAAUCAUACACAACGGGACAGCAAACGGAAGAAGGGGAAAAGUCAGAAACAAUAGAAGAUGAGGAGGACAAAUUCGACAUAAUUGACUAUGCAAAUGCGGUUCUUUGA